AUGAGCGUGUAUAGCCUGAACGGACCGCAAGCUGUGGCGUUACAAGUGCCGGACGUAUUCGAGACCAUUGCAGACGCUAUUGGACAAGCCAAAGCGCAGCAAAAGGACCAAAAAUGGACGACAAACGGCACGUUGACGAACGAGAAGCCAAGGCCGGAGACAGAAGCGUGCAACGCGCUAAUACUGAUAGACGCAGCCGAUCCUGAUCAGGAAGAGACGAUGGAGAUGGAAAAGGAGCAACAACCGGCGAGAGAGCUUGUGGAUAGACCGCUGCAAUCUCCCUCUGCAUCAAAAAGUACGGCGUGCUCUCCAUCUCGCUUCUUUCGGUCUCCUGUCGACACGAGUGUCCGGACAGUGGAGACGCUGUUGCAGCAAGUUGGUGGAUCUGUGGAGCUUGUGACACCGAAGAAAAAUGCGUUGGGAGCGAUUGAUCCGCUGUGCCAGCAGGAAAAGAACGUGGAUAUGGUGCUAACGACGAACGAGCGGUCGGGACCUUGUGCUGCGGCUACGGCUGGUGGAAAGUGCAGCGGUGCUGGAGUGAAGCUGUCGAGUUACCGUGAAGAGUUUAGGUCAACUAGUGGGAAAAAGCGACGACUUGGAUGCACGUCUCCACGCACUCCGUCGCCGUCUCGACGGAAGCAGCUGCUUGCUCAUCGGCUUGUGGAUAUCGACGGCUGUAAUGAAGAUGGUGAUGAGUAUGACGUAGUUGAGGAAGCAGGGAAAAUAUCGAGUGCUGCAAGCGCAUUCCUAGUUGAUGCCUCUGUAUCGAGUCUUUGCACGGACGAUGUCGAGUAUGUUCCCAGCGGAGAGCUGACUAGUCCGAGCGAGCACGAUUCGUUCUUUUCGUUCGUGAAUUCUCUCUCACCGCUAAUGGCUGCUGAAGAAUUCGAAAGUAGCUUCACGUCGGUGAAGCUUUCACCGCUCGUGUCGGCUGUCUCGUACGAACUUCCGAGAUUACUUCCACCAUUUCCUGAGCAGAAGUUAAAUGAUGACGAAGACCCGAUUUUGAGGGGUCGCGUUCAUCCUUUUGUUAGGAUACCUGAGAGUAAACCCGAUCGAGGUGCGUCGACUGGAUUUUCGGGUGAAGGCAGAACCUCAGCUCCAGGAUCCGCAUUUGGAUUGGUGCCUUCGACCACUUUUGUUGAAUCGUUCCCCAACAUCCAAGCCUCUACAAGGGCUACACCAGGAAAAGACGAGCGUAUAAAGCUCGGGGAUCACAGUGUCAUGAAGAUGAAGCUCCACACACUGUUUGGAGUAUCUCCGUCAUUGCUAGAUUUGCAUCCUGCCCGCGAAAUUCGAGCCAUUAACAACAGCUUGAAACGAAAAACGCAUAUUAUCCGACGCGAAGCUGAAGAAAAGUGUGAACAGACGUUAUCUGCGAGCAACGUCCACCGUAGAUUGUUGCAUACUCCGGUGAAGUCAUCUUCAUCGCCACACAGAGGCACUCGAUCGCCGCUGUACCCUUGGAACGGGCAAACACCGGAAAAAGCUAGUAUCUCCAAGACUUGCACAUCUCAAAAGCUAUCACCAGGCCAUCACAGUACGAAGCUCGCUGCCGGAGAAACACCGUCUUCUUCUCCAGUAGCACGUCGACCGAUUCAAGCAACAGACACGAAACCAGCACUCUCUACACCUAGCGGUAACAAGACGAAGCAGAAAGUGUCGCAGCGUAUUCCGAUGCCUUCGUCAAUGACCGGCAUCUCAGGACAUGAGGUGUGCGAUUUUGUGCCGGAAACCCGCCACGUGGUAGCUCCAGCGAUUACACCUGCAAAGCAAAUGAAACGGGAGGCAGUAGCAACUUCGGGCAAGAGCAUCACGUACCGCAUGUUCACGUCACACAUCAUGGCGACUGACGAUGCGCGUAGUGUGACUGCGUCCGACAGCUCGUACAAAACGCCGACGCACGUGAGACUGUCCACUUCGAUGACGCUGCCAUCACAAUCAGCAUCCAAAGUCUCAUCUGAUGUUGCAGUCACGGUGACAUCAGCACAAGUAUCCACAAAGGCUCCUUGCAACUGCAAAAAGUCCAAGUGUCUGAAGCUGUACUGUGAGUGUUUUCGCCGUGGUGGUUACUGCGAUGAGCGCUGUAAUUGCAACAAUUGUGCCAAUAGUACGGAUAUGGAAGAGGUGCGACAGCAAGCCAUCGCCUCGCGUCUGGCGAAGAAUCCGAAUGCGUUCAAACCAAAGAUCGGUGCCACACCUGCCGCAGUAACAUUGACACCGAGAAAUGCUCACCGCGUAUCUUGCGGUAGCCAUGUCUCCACGGGAUCGAUGUUGUCGCCACAGGAUCAAACCAGCUACCAGCAACGGCAGCAGACCCCAAGUGCAAGCAUGACAACUACUAAAAUGCACAAGCACGGCUGUCACUGCAAAAAAUCAGCGUGUCAGAAGAAGUACUGUGAAUGUUAUCAGGCUGGGGUACUAUGCGGCGAAAACUGCCGGUGCAUCGAUUGCCAGAACCAUGCACCAUGCGUGUCACAUGGCAGUGCUGUUGCAAUAGAUGGAUUAACAAUGACCGAUACUCCGUCGCGCAUUACAAACGAAUCCGACGAGACCUUUGUCUCACCGGUCGUUCAGCGGCUGCAGACAAGACUGAGGAGUGCGGGUGAGACUGGCACUCGGAUGAAGACGGCACUGUUGAAGUUGCCGUCCACGCCUCUAGUCAAAUACCACACUGAUGCGAAGUGUGGCAUGUCACCGGUCCGAGAGGAAGAUGAACGAGAGCGAUGCGGUAACAGCGAAGCCAACAAUACUCCGUUGCCCUCAAAAGAGCGCAAGUUACAGCUUUCCGAUGUUGCUGACAGCCUUCGUACUGUCGGAAUAGCUGCGUUAUCAGCGGUGGUUCGAUCGUCAGCUGGAAGUGAAUGGGUCUUCGUGUUGCCGUUAUUCGGAGCAGCUCUUCCCCCAUUAGAGAGCAGCGUCAGUGCGAAGAUCUUUUGCUUCCUCACGAAUGCCGACCUGUACAGUGCCAGCUUGGUAAGCCAUCUCUGGAAUCAGGUUGCACUGGGCGACACUGUCUGGGACCACGCCAACUUCUUUCCAGCGGAGCAAAACGUUACAGGUGCUCAACUCUCGCGAAAGAAGAAACAGCAAGAGAUUCCGGUGAGGCACGAACCGUGUGUUGGCAUUUCUGACAAGAGAAUGUCGGACGGAUCAAUGACGGGAAUUGAGUGCGAGCCGAACCUUGUCGUGCUCUAG